AUGCGAUUCCCGACAACACCUGAAGAUCGUAAAAAUGUACUUGGCUAUGACAAGAAGAGACUGAGUGAGACGUGGAAGGUACUGAAAGUUAUACUCUGCUGGAAUGUUUUGUUAAAAGCUUCCAACUAGGAUUUUCUUGUAGCUUACACAUUGGUGAAGAAGAUUAUUUAUUAUAUAAACAUAAGUGUUACAGUAUAUAGAGUUUUUGGCCACUGAGAAAAAUCGUAUUUAAACACACGUAAAAAAUACGAUAUUUUUGCGUGUGAAAAUAUCAUUUGUUGUAAAACGCAUUGCCACGGACGUUUUAUUGUUUUUCACCGAAUUUUGUUUAUAUAAUAAACAGAAAAAUACAUGGGUGCUUGGAAAUACCAGAUUUAUUUCUCGUGUGGAACAUGGUAUUUCCACGCAACCAUAUAUUAUUCUCUAUAUAUAAUUUGGCAACUCUGACUUUGACUGCUGAAAAUUUGAGAGAAUUAUAAAAUUUUGUGUAAUGAAUACUGUCUUGCAACUGUCGUCCAGAUAGAACUCGAAUCUGACUCGACGACGCUGUUGUAACUGUUGUGAACUGUUGCCAGUGUGUCGUAACAAGACUUUUGCGAAAAAUUCCAGGAAUCGAACCUACGGCCCUGUGAUCCCGCUGCAACGCUCUAACCAACUGAGCUACAGAGGCCAGUUGUCCCUUUUCACAUGGCAACCUUUUAAAAAUUUUGAAACGGAUUUUUUCAGGGAAUGGAGGAAUUGGUACAUAAAGGGUUUUGUAAGGCAAUUGGGGUUUCAAAUUUAACAUCAACCAAAAUUGCAGCGCUUCUGGAAACAGCCGAGAUUGUUCCUGCCACUAAUCAAGGUGAUGACUUGAUCUGGAUCAAUAAGACUAAAGAGAUUAUCCUUACUGGACUUCUAGGAAGAACAGUUUAGAACUGAUAGAGCUAUCCAGUAUAAAUAAAGUUAGUUUAGUUUAGGUUUCCUCCUGUUGUAACGCUGGAUCAAUAUAUAAGAGAUGAUCCUUACUGGACCCUCUAGGAAGAACAGUUUAGAACUGAUAGAGCUAUCCAGUAUAAAUAAAGUUAGUUUAGUUUAGGUUUCCUCCUGUAGUAACACUGGAUCAAUAAGAGAUGAUCUUUACUGGAACUCUAGGAAGAACAGUUUAGAACUGAUAGAGCUAUCCAGUAUAAAUAAAGUUUGUUUAGUUUAGGUUUCCUCCUGUAGUAACACUGGAUCAAUAAGAGAUGAUCCUUACCGGAACUCUAUUCUGGGAAGAACAGUUUAUAAUUGAUAGAGAUAUCCAGUAUAAAUAAAAUUAGUUUAGUUUAGGUUUACUUCUGUAGUAACACUGGAUCAAUAAGAGAUGAUCCUUACUGGAACUCUAGUCUGGGAAGAACAGUUUAGAGUUGAUAGAGCUAUCCAGUAUAAAUAAAGUUAGUUUAGUUUAGGUUUCCUCCUGUAGAAACACUGGAUCAAUAAGAGAGUAUCCUUACUGGACCUCUAGGGAGAACAGUUUAGAACUGAUAAAGCCAUCCAGUAUAAAUAAAGUUAGUUUAGUUUAGGUUUCAUUCGGUAGUAACACUGGAUCAAUAAGAGAUGAUUCCUACUGGACCUCUAGGAAGAACAUGCAGUUCAGAACUAAUAGAUUUAUUCUUCGUGUUAUCUACCUUCAACGUUAAUUUGUUUGUGUUUUUUCUUUAGUUGAACUUCACCCAUUCUUGCCUCAGCCUGGACUAAAGAAAUUCUGCGAGGAGAAAGGUUUGUUAAUGGUGUUUACAUAAUCCUGGGUGUUUGAUAAUCAACUUUCAUUCUGUUUAAAUAAUCAGAUUUUUUAAAAUCAAUAUAAAUUUUCUCUAAUUCAUACAGGAAUUCUCAUUACGGCGUAUUCUUCCUUGGGAUCUCCUGACCGCCCUGGCAGUGGCGAAGCUGAUCCUGUCCUCAUGGAUGAACCUCUGGUCAAAGAAAUUGCGGCAAAACGCAAUUGCAGUCCAGCACAGGUUUGUUUAAAAUUUCUCAAACGUGGUGGUCCAGUGUAGGUAGUAUUCUACAAUAAGCUGUCGUGGUUUGUGUCUGAACUACCUGAAAAAGAUAUCUCAAACGUGGUGGUCCAGUGUGGGUAGUAUUCUACAAUAAGCUGUCGUGGUUUGUGUCUGAACUACCUGAAAAAGAUAUCUCAAACAUGGUGGUCCAGUGUAGGUAGUAUUCUACAAUUAGCUGUCGUGGUUUGUGUCUGAACUACCUGAAAAAGAUAUCUCAAACGUGGUGGUCCAGUGUAGGUAGUAUUCUACAAUAAGCUGUCGUGGUUUGUGUCUGAACUACCUGAAAAGAUAUCUCAAACGUGGUGGUCCAGUGUAGGUAGUAUUCUACAAUAAGCUGCCGUGGUUUGUGUCUGAACUACCUGAAAAAGAUAUCUCAAACGUGGUGGUCCAGUGUAGGCAGUAUUCUACAAUAAGCUGUCGUGGUUUGUGUCUGAACUACCUGAAAAAGAUAUCUCAAACGUGGUGGUCCAGUGUAGGCAGUAUUCUACAAUAAGUUGCCGUGGUUUGUGUCUGAACUACCUGAAAAAGAUAUCUCAAACGUGGUGGUCCAGUGUAGGUAGUAUUCUACAAUAAGUUGCCGUGGUUUGUGUCUGAACUACCUGAAAAAGAUAUUUCAAACGUGGUGGUCCAGUGUAGGUAGUAUUCUACAAUAAGCUGCCGUGGUUUGUGUCUGAACUACCUGAAAAAGAUAUUUCAAACGUGGUGGUCCAGUGUAGGUAGUAUUCUACAAUAAGCUGUGGUGGUUCGUGUCUGAACUACCUGAAAAAGAUAUCUCAAACGUGGUGGUCCAGUGUAGGUAGUAUUCUACAAUAAGCUGUCGUGGUUUGUGUCUGAACUACCUGAAAAAGAUAUCUCAAACGUGGUGGUCCAGUGUAGGUAGUAUUCAACAAUAAGUUGCCGUGGUUUGUGUCUGAACUACCUGAAAAAGAUAUCUCAAACGUGGUGGUCCAGUGUAGGCAGUAUUCUACAAUAAGUUGCCGUGGUUUGUGUCUGAACUACCUGAAAAGGAUAUCUCAAACGUGGUGGUCCAGUGUAGGUAGUAUUCUACAAUAAGUUGCCGUGGUUUGUGUCUGAACUACCUGAAAAAGAUAUCUCAAACGUGGUGGUCCAGUGUAGGUAGUAUUCAACAAUAAGCUGCCGUGGUUUGUGUCUGAACUACCUGAAAAAGAUAUCUCAAACGUGGUGGUCCAGUGUAGGUAGUAUUCUACAAUAAGCUGUCGUGGUUUGUGUCUGAACUACCUGAAAAAGAUAUCCCAAACGUGGUGGUCCAGUGUAGGCAGUAUUCUACAAUAAGCUGCCGUGGUUUCUGUCUGAAAUAGUACUAUUUGAAAAAGAUAUCUCAAACGUGGUGUUUCAGUGUGGGUAGUAUUCUACAACAAGCUACCCGUAGUUAGUGUCUGAACUGCCUGAAAAAAAUCCGACACUUCGAAUGACAUGAAAAUUCUUCAUCGUAAACCUGGGUCUAAAACGUUUCUCCAGAGUUCUAUAUACUGUCAUUACCUACAGUGAUCCUGGGCACGAGAAUGUACGAUCCUCUGUAAUACUGGGUAAAAAGAUCAGUGGUGUUCAUAAAUCAUAAUGAACGAUUCCAAUCCUUGGAUCCAGGUCCCCUACAGAGAUGGUUUGAAUCUACCUGUCAAUUCCUGUCAAUAAUGUUUAGGUGUUAACUGGUGCUCAUGUAAAGAUCAGUGCUAUAUUUAAUUACCGUCAAUCAUAAGUUUGAAAAGUUUUCUUGAAGAAAAUGUGAAAUUGCUUUGGAAAAUGGUACUAAGUUAUUGCUAAUUUGAUGUGGACCCCUGUCUGUUCAAGUACAUUUUCACUUCAUAAAGUUACAAAGUGUCAAAGUAAAUGAGUAUAUGAUGUUAUCAUUUUAUUGUAUUUAAUUGUUUGUGCUAUUUGGCUUUGAUCGGUUAUGUUGAGUUCGGUUCAUCGUACUGGAUUACAUUCCAGUUUUAUUCUCAUCGAAUGCAUUUUAUCGGUGCAGGAUUUCAGUAAGAAGGACUUGAUGGUAGGCUUCAGAAAUGGUGAAACUUAUACAGGGUUCGUAGCGGUCUUUGAAAUCCUUGAAAGUCUUUAAAUUUGAAUGCAGGUCUUUAAGGUCUUUGAAAAGUCUUUGAAUUGUGUGAAAAAGCGAAGAAAGUCUUUAAAAGUCUUUAAAUUCUUUAGUGAGGAAUUGAUUAUAUGAUUUAUAAUGGUAAUAAAAUAUAGAUUGAUUGAAGCAAAGUUUUCGCAAAUAUCGACGAAAAGGUGCAUUUUAGGAUGUGAUUUGACCGGACUAAUUACCGGGUAAAAAUGGUGCUUACACUCGCAAUUUUUCGACAGCCGAUUGCUCUCAAAGGUCUUUGAAAAGUGUUUGAAAAUAGGCAGAAAAAAUCUUUUAAUUCUUUUGGUCUUGGAGACUACGAACCUGCUAAAGGAGCACGAGUAUUAAACUACGUUUCUUAAACCGGUUACAGCCGAGUAAGUUUUCAUACGACAAGUCAGUUUAUUUGUCAAUUGCAAAGAACUUGUCGUGUGAAAUAAGAUAUGACACUAACUUGUAUAAAAACUUGUCAUAGAAAACUUUCUCGUCUGUAACCGCGGUUUUAAAAUUUGGGGGCAUGAUUGGAGAUGAAAGCAUAUAGUUCAAUCUAAUAAUCCAUUUUAAGGCAAGCUCUUUACAUGGCGAUUGAAACUUUUGAAUGUUUUGGUUGAAUUUUAAUCAGGAUGACAAAAUUCUAUUUCAUACGUCAUCAUCAGGGUACUUUAACAGACUUUCUAGAAGAUUGGAGACAAAGUUUUCUCGAGCUAAUUUCCAGUCUUGACCUAUUGACGUUUCUUAAAAGUUCAGAAUUGAUCUCCUUUUACAGUUUUACUGUAACAGAGAUACGUACAGUACUGUUCUGAUUUGAAUAUGAACUCUAUAAAUACUGGUAUAAGUACUGGUGAUAUUGUCAAAUCGCCAGUAUUUAUACCAGUAAUUUAUAGAGUUCAUGCAAUAAAACUUGUCAUAUGGAAACUUAUCAUAGUAUUUAUGUUCCUCCAAAUAUGAGACUACUACAUUUAAUUGAAUAAUUUAACUGCAGGUUCAUUUGAGUGACCAUGCACUAUCUGCUGCACGAUUGUGAUUUAGUAAACUGAACCCAAUUCUGUAAAACCCAAUUCUUAGUAAAGCCUAAUUCUGAUACAUUCUGUAAUUGUAUUCAAUUCUGCUCUCUUCUAUUCCAGAUGUUAUCCAGAACGUGUUACGCUUUACUGCUCUUCAUUGUACUGCUAAUUAUUGAAGUCUCGUGCAAGAGAAAGGCAAAAUUCUUCGCUCGCGACCGUCCUGAUUUCAAGUACUGCAUGGAUAAUCGUUUAUUUCCGAAAUUCUUCAAAACAUUUUGUCCUGGAAAAGGAGAAAGAUGGCUGAAGUCCAGAGCGAAAGUGCAAAGUAAGGCAGAAGUGAAAGUAAUUUUAUUUAUUCUGGGCAGCUCUAUCAGUUUUAAACUGUUCUUCCUAGAGGUUCAGUAAGGAUCAUCUCUUACUGAUCCAGUGUUAUUACAGGAGAAAAUUAAACCUAAACUAAACUAACUUUAUUUAUACUGGAUAGCUCUAUCAGUUAUAUACUGUUUUCUCUAGAGGUUCAUCAAAGAUCAUCUCUUAUUGACCCAGUGUUAGUUACUAUAGGAGGAAACCUAAACUAAACUAACUUUAUUUAUACUGGAUGAAAUGAUUCUUGCUUGAUCAUCCAGGGAGAACGAUUUGGAAGUGAUAGAGCUACAGUAUACGGUGUAAAUAUGUUAGUUUAAUUUAGGUUUUCACUUGCAGUAACACUGUAUGAUCAAUAAAGGACGAUCCUUACUGGACCUCUACCAAGAAUUGUUUAGAACUGAUAGAGCUAUCCAGUAUAAAUAAAGUUAAUUUAGUUUAGGUUUCCUCCUGUAGUAACACUGGAUCAAUAAGAGAUGAACUUAUUGGACCUCUAGGGAGAACAGUUUAGAACUGAUAGAGCUAUCCAGUGUAGAUAAAGUUAGUUUAGUUUAGGUUUCCUCCUGUGGUAACACUGGAUCAAUACUGAAGAGAUGACUUUUACUGGACCUCUAGGGAGGACUGUUUAGAAAUUAUAGAAAUAUCUAGUACAAUUAAGUUAGGUUACUGUAAGUUUCCUCCUGUAGUAACACUGGAUCAAUAAGAGAUGAUCCUUACUGGACCACUAUAGGGAGAACAAUUUAAAACUCGUGAUAUCUAGUAAUUCUUCUCUCAAUCUUUAGAGCAACUUAUCAACCCUCUGAUGAAUCAAGACACAGCAAACAGUUUUGUUAAAAAGGUUGGAGUAACCAAAUCAGCUUCUUCAGACGACAUCUACGUGCGUGAGGACUUCUAUAACGCUUACAGGGAGGAGUGUUGCAGCAAGGGAUGCAGGUUGGAGGAAGCGUUGGAGUUUUGUAAUACAUUGACGUGA